AUGUCAUUUCUCAAUGGCACCAGCCUAACACCAGCUUCAUUCAUCAUAAAUGGCAUCCCUGGCCUGGAAGAAGUGCAUUUGUGGCUCUCCUUCCCCCUGUGUACCAUGUACAGCAUUGCCAUUACAGGGAACUUUGGCCUUAUGUACCUCAUCUACUCUGAAGUGACCUUACACAGACCUAUGUACAUCUUCCUGGCCCUUCUCUCCUUCACAGAUGUGCUCAUGUGCACCAGCACUCUCCCCAACACCCUGUGCAUAUUCUGGUUCAACCUCAAGGAGAUUGACUUUAAUGCCUGCCUGGCCCAGAUGUUCUUUGUCCACACCUUCACAGGGAUGGAGUCUGGUGUGCUCAUGCUCAUGGCCCUGGACCGUUAUGUGGCCAUCUGCCAUCCCCUGCGCUAUGCCUCUAUCCUCACUAAUUCAGUCAUUGCUAAGGCUGGCCUCCUCACGUUCCUUAGAGGUGUGAUGCUUGUUAUCCCUUUCACUUUCCUCACCAAGCGCCUGCCAUACUGCAGGGGCAAUGUCAUACCCCACACCUACUGUGACCACAUGUCUGUGGCCAAGAUAUCCUGUGGCAAUGUGAAGGUCAAUGCCAUCUAUGGUCUGAUGGUAGCCCUCCUGAUUGGGGGCUUUGAUAUCCUGUGCAUCACCAUUUCUUACACCAUGAUUCUUCAAGCGGUUGUGAGUCUGUCUUCAGCAGAUGCUGAACAGAAAGCCUUCAGCACCUGCACAGCACAUAUCUGUGCCAUCAUCAUUACCUAUGUCCCAGCCUUCUUCACCUUCUUUACACACCGCUUUGGAGGACACACCAUUCCUCCCCACAUACACAUUAUUAUGGCGAAUCUCUAUCUACUCAUGCCUCCCACGAUGAACCCUAUUGUGUAUGGGGUGAAAACCAAGCAGAUACGAGAAGGUGUAAUUAGGUUCUUGCUUAAGGGAAAGGAUGAUUCUUCUCAUGAAGUUUAA